AUGCCGCCGUCAAUCUCCCUCGUCUGCUCCUUCGACGCCGAUCUCUCCUCCUUCAUCUCUUUCUCCGAUAACCUAUUUUCCGGCAGUGCACUACUCAACCGGCGGCGCAAAGUCAUAUUUGACCAGGCGCUACUCUUCUCCUUCCUAGGCGAGGCUUUCGCCUCCUUCUUCUUCGACUCCUUCCCCAACAGAACACAGGCCGCUAGACAACGGCGGGACCCGGCCACUUUCGGCCUUGAGGAAACUGACGCCACUGUUAUCCGAGUGCCCAGCGCCACGACGAGAGUCGCCAUCUCUUUCUUCGACAUUUUCUUCCUCGGCCAAAGGCCGAUCGAAAGCAGGCGUGGAGGUCGGCUCGCUUCGAGCCUUGGCUUCACGGUUGUCGUCUUCAACUCCGCUAUAUUCCUCUUCGACAACAUACACCUCGCCUCAUUCGCCGGCGAUGCUUCGGUAACCGCGACUUCUUCCUUCUUCAGAGAACAGACUGAUUUCGACAGGUCUCCCGCUUUCUCUUUCUUCUGCGACACAAUCUUCAAGCGGCAGGGUUGUAAUUUUGACUUGCAGGUGCCCUUCCUCCGCCUCUCCGAGUCGGCAGCAGUUGACGCUGAAGGGAAGUGCGGCGCUCCGCUCGUGGUGACAUCAUUGUCCGCAAACGGCUCAGUUUGA